AUGGCGGCGAUCAACUCUCUGAGAACGUACGGGCCACUCGUGUGCGAAAGCAAACUGGGCCUCAUUUGCCCCAUGCGACCCAUCUGCUUCGGCCUGCUGUCACGGGGCAACCACAUGAGCCUGCUGCUGCCCACCCACACCUACCGCAUGCUGCCCCGAUCCCAGAAGGCUGGGCCUAUCAGCAAGGAACGCAAGGUGGUGACCAUGCCCGUGCCCAAGGAGCAGAUUGAAGAGGAGGAGCGGGCUCGACGAUUUUCAUCAAAAGGCCACUGGGAAUUGUCGACGGCUGUCACGACCAACCACCUGCUCUCCAUGAUUGCCUUGGCCAACACGCUUAAGUCCAUGAAAGGCGCCACCUUCGUACCCGAGCAGGAGAAGCGCCGGAAGCUGCACAGGCGACUGAGCCGUGCAGAUAGCCGUGCCUACAUGAUGACACCCGGGGAAACCGGCGGUGGCGGCGUCGACAGCAGUGGUGCCCUGGCCGUGCUCCAGGAGGCGCUGUCGCAGCAGCAGGCAGACAUCAAGCAGGGCUGGAGCUUGCUGGCUGCGCUCCACUGUGUCCUGCUGCCUGAUCUGGUGCAGACCCCCGACUUCAAGCAGCCGCAGGUCGAAAUACUGGCCCGCCGCUGGCAAGACCGUUGCCCCGAGGUGCGGGAUGCAGCCCAGGCGCUUCUGCUCGCGGAACUUCGCCGAAUCGGCGCCAAGGGUCGCAAGAUGGUUGUGGACGAGUGGGCCGUUUACCUGCCAAACUACGGAGAGCCCUUCGUCGCCCCGCCCUAUGCCUCGAGUGCCGUGCCCAGUGCGCCAGCUCCUCAGCCGGGACAGGCAACUCAGGCGACGCCCAAAUCUGUUGGCGGCAGCCCGACCGUUGUUGUAAUCGAGGGCAAUUUUGCGAGCUGCCCAGUGGGGGGCGCUGCUCCUAGCCAGGUCUCAUCGGGGGCAAGCACACCCACGGGCGCCAAAGCCAAGGCCGAGUCCCAGUCGCGAAGCAGCGAUGGGCACAACUCGUUAGAGGAAGAAGACGAGGAGGAGAGAGAAGGUGGGAAGGCGACCACAAAGCACUCGUGGAGUGCUGCCGAAGCCCGUCGUAAGCAGUCGACGGCUAUUGUUCUUCUGGGUGUGAUCGGAGCAGAGUACGGCCACGAGAUCGAACAGAGCAAGCGGAAGGGCCCCGACGACCAGAAGAAGAAGAGUGUCGUGGAGGGAUUUGGACCCAGCAACUAUUCCCUGGCGUGGCACACGAGUCAGGCACUGGCGCACCUGCUGCUGACGCCUGCAUCUUCAGCAGUUCCGACGCACUCAUCGCUACGCCGAGCGGCCAUUGACCUGAUCGGCCGUGGUUUCGCGGUCUGGCAGGCAUACAUGGACGUGUCCCGUGUGCUGCUUGGCCUGUUUGACCUCUGCUGCGACGCGGAUAAGCUGCUGCCCAGGAUGUCGUGCGGGCUGUCGCUGACACCGGCGGCAGACACGUGCCGCACGGCUCGGCACGCGCUCUCCCUGAUUGCGACGGCGCGUCCGCCGACGUUCAUCACGACGCUGGCGCGCGAGGUACGCCGCUACACCAUGCUCGCCCAGGACGCGCAGUCGCUCAACAUCUCGCUGCACCAGACGGUGCUGUGCCGCGCGCGCCCCGAGAUCUUACGCAUCGUGGACAUGCUCAUCAGCAAGAUGCAGACGGAGGUGGCCGACCUGAUUGCUGAGGUGAUGGAGAUCGUGCUUCACUGUGUCGACCCCACCCAGCUAAAGAUGCACGGACUCCAUGAAUUGUUUCCACCAAUAUGCAGAUUUAACAUGGUCAGCUACUGCAAAGCAACACGGCGCAUUGCUGUUGGAUGCAAGAACGGCAACGUCACCAUCUUUGAACUGAAGGCCUCGAAGUCGCAGGUGACACCGGCCCACUCAGCAUCCGUGGAUGCCUGCACGUUCUCCCCAGAUGGCAAGCACCUGGCCACCUACUCCAACGGGGAGAACAAGCUCUGCUUUUGGCAGACUGCAACCGGUUUGUUUGGGCUGGGCAACGCACAGCCUCGCUGCCUGCGCACCCACACAACACCCCAACUGCCGGACAGUGUGGUUGCCAACCCACUCAAGAUGGCGCGCCUAGUUUGGGUCACCAGCCGCAUUGUCAUCCUCAUGGUGGCCGACGGCACCGAGCAUCGUUUCACCCUCAGCUAAUCCACUUGGUCCUCUUCGCCGGAAAUACCGAAAUACAUAUUCACCCCCGCCAUCCAAUUAAAUUAAAGUCGAUACAACUUAUUCUUCCAUUUUACAUCACGAAGAACACGCACAUUGUGUUUACGAUUCGUUUUGUUACGAUUAAAAUGGCUGCGCCGGCG